AUGAAUAAAUCUCGAAAAACUAAGAUUACUAAUAAAAAUCAGAAAAUACAUAAUAAGGAUGAUUGGCAGAGUGCGUUAGAUUCAAUAUCGAUCAAUGACGAUCACUGGUGGUGUAUAGUGACAAUGAUGGUGGAGACAAUUGUCGCGAACAGCCGUAACAUCUUUCUCUUCAACAAAGCCGUUGAAGAGAAGGAGCAGGCGUGUAUUUAUACCCUCAGUUAUCAGAAAACGAUGGACACGGUGAGAACGCUGUCAAAACAGGAUCCAGAGAAAUGUCCUGCCGUCGAGAGUAUCUGUCAUUACGCGAACACGGUCUUAAGCGAAAACAAUGGUCAUCUCUCUGCCUGGCUGACUGCACGGCUCAUAAAGUAUCUGAUCUAUCGCACCAAAAUCGAGCACAUUGAGAGACUCGAGGCACAGGCGGAUCUAGACCGCAAAAUCGACGAAGAAUGUCGGUCAAUUCGCAAUACUGACGGCUCAAUCUCUGAUAAGUUACAGUUAGCACGAUAUAUUGACUAUCUUCUUUCUGUUCGCGUGUUCUCUUUGCGGUACAGCUUGCAUAAUGGUAGUAAUUUCAUUCACUCAGCCUCUUCUCGAAGCACUACCGAGCCUCGAAGAGCCUACAGCAGCGAGACUGAAUACAUGUUCAACGGCAAAGUGAAUAUACACUCACAUGUGGAUAACGUACCUCUUGAUGGACCGAAACUCUACAUUGUACUUAGCGGGUUUCACAAUCCUGAUUUACCAGCGGAAUUGUUAAGCAUCGGAGUUCCUUUGACCUGCAUAUUAGAGAUUAAGCUUUUCAACGAGCAGUGCGCUGCGUAUUACGAAACAGAGGAAAAGGAUACAACGGCCCGAGACAAAAUGCAUUCCUCUGUGGAUUAUCGCGUCAAUGAAACCGAGCUGCUCGAAUUUUGGAGGGUUACGCGCCAACGAUUUGCUAAUUUAUCGGUUUAUCCGAUGUACUCUAAUGUAAUCAUUCUUACCGUUUGCCCAUCAGUCUUUCCAGAAACGAUUAACGCUACCGGGAAAGAGUCUCUGAAGCGAGACAUGUACGAUAAAGUACUUCUUACUUUGCAUCAUUUGUACGAUCUUUGUCGACAGCAUGCAAAAUACCUUAGGAGCAUGAGACUGGAGGAAAAAAUCGUCGAUAAAAGAGACGAGACAAUAGAUACUAAGAUUUACGAGGAUACACUAAAUGGUAUACCGAACGAAUACGCCGACGUUCCGCUGAUAUUGAGCGCGAUACUUCUGCAGGUCGAACACAAUCUCGCGACAUCGUCCGAUGGACAUUUCCCUGUCGAUCACGAUACAGGAUUUAACGGGGCCGAUACGAGGCGCGGGAAUACAUCAACGACAGCUGAGCGAAGCCCCGUAUUCAAUAUGCAGGAUAAGCUGAAACUACUUGAUCUUGAGUACGAGCUUACCGAUGAAUACGUCGACGGUACCAGUCAGUUGUCGCAGCCUUCUGAUCUCGAAGUUAUACCAUAUGGAGACACUUUGGGCAUGAUCAUUCGUCAAUUUCUCGAUCGCGGAACUCAUUUGGACGAUUCGGUUUUGCGAGUUCUGCGGGACCCGAGAAUAAUUAGCGUUUGGCGGAAUCAUGCAGCACCGACGAGAUCAAAGUCCGACAUGUAUUACCGCCAUAUGGACAACAUCGCGCGUGCAUUUAAUCAAGGGCAAGUGGUCAGUCGCGAAGAAGUUGUACAUUACUUGCAUCUCUUGAUGUUUGACCGCAUAAUCUUUUCCGAAGGCAGUCGCCAGGCAGAAGCACGACUGGCGCAACCGCCGAGGGAUGAAUUGUCAGAAUUAAAGAAACACGCGCGAUCAAGGAUAAGAAGAGCGCGAAGCGUGCCAAAUUUUAUGUCGCUUCCGAUCGCCGCGUCCAGUUUACGUCGUUCUGAAAGCGACACCGAGAUCGAUUAUUGUAAGCCGGUAGUCGCAUUCACCGAAUGCCCGCUUUUGUUCGCGUUAACAGACGCUAGAGAGACAUUGCUUCCGGGAUAUCUGCGCGAGAAUGUCUUCAAGAAGAGAAGUUACGAAAGACCAAGUCUCGAAGAAUACGAAGACGUCGAGUUACUCUCGAAGCGGGUUUUUCUUCAGGUCGCCCGCGAGUGUUUCCAAAGUUUCGAUCGUUUCGCGGCUAGAUACUUCGAGCCGACGAACUCGACGCUGCUUUACUUUAGCAACAACAACGCGGUGGAUAACGUGUCCGAAGAAAGGUGCCUGUCGACUAUACGUACGCCCAUCGGACUCCAUGAAUUCUUCGAAUAUAUCGUGGGGGAAGAAGAGAAUUGGAUAAAACGAGAGCGGGAGAUGCGCCAAUCGCGUAGGAUGGACUUGACAGGAAGAUUUAUGAAGAGAUCCAUCGAGGUGGAAGACGACGCGAUCAUAUUCGACGACGAGUGCUUCGUGCUUCCGGAUUCACUGAAAGCGCGUCAUCUAAAGAAAACUCCGGGUCGCGACGGGCAAAAGAAAAUUUUCGAAACGAAGGAAUUUGAGGAGGCGGCGGCGGCGGCGGCAGCGGCGGCGGCGGCGAAGAACGUCGAGGGAAGGAAAAUGACAAGACAGAAACGAAACGAGGCGCCGAUGGCGAACAACGGAAGCAAACGGGCGGAUAGAAGAGUUAUGAGUAGAAAAACGUCAAUGACGGAGAAAAAAUCGGACACAAAGAUAGAUGAUGUCGAUACGUCCUUCUUACCGGUGAAAAAAAUUCUAUCGUCCCGAUGUGUCGAGACGGGCGGGCCGUACGACUUCGUUGGAUACGAUCUUGGAGGUCUUCGUGUUCAAGUGAUUCAUCAUAGCAAAAAGUUUCUUUUGGACGACGAUACAUCGGUGCGAGUUGAACUCGAAAACUGGCUUCACGGCGACCGCGAUUUACGCAUCGCCGUUACUCUGCGACACUGCACUUUACGAUUGUCUGGCGGAGUUAGUCGCCAUCAGUCGGCCAACGCAUUUCACUUAACUACGAAAAGGGGAAUUGUGUUAGGAUUCUACCGAAACAGGAGAGAGCCGGAUUCCGCAGUUGAAAACUCAUACGAUUCACAUUGGCAAAAUUUGACUUUCGACUUUCGUGCUUCGUGGCCUUCGGGAUUAUUGAUAGAACCAACCAUCGGGGACGGCACCAAAAAUCCAUUUUGCAUUCGGCAGUCAUACGUUUCGAAACGUCCCGGGUGCGCAGGUGCACCCGGUGAAAUCUGCCGGAACUUUCUCAGAAACGGAACCGUCUUAAAGUAUCUGGAUGACAAUACCGUCGUCAUCUUCCGCCCCAAUGGCGUCAUCGUGACGUGCAUGGACUUCGACAAACCGCAAUCGCGCGAUGAAUCCAUCCACGAGACGGCCCCAAAAAAAUUUAGGAUCAAAAAGAGCAACUCGAGGCAUAGUGGUGAAGUCAUAGAUUCCACAGAGACGCGUUCCAACGGAUCGAUCGUGGACGUACAACUGUCGAAGCAGCAUGUACCGCCAGCGAAAGAAUUCGUGACUAGCAUCGGAGACAAUUCAUUGAUAACAGGAGCAUUCGCCGCGGGUGAAGUGUUGCGAUACUUGGUGGUGAAUUACGACGGUCGAUGCUACGAGGUGCUGAACGAUCUGGUCGUAAGUGAACACGAUCGAUUGCUCGUUAGGACAACGUCGGAUUACGAGGUCAACGAGGUAUUCGCACGUCGUGCCGACGGUACCGAUACGUUACUUCGUUCAAAUGGAGAAUUGGUCGUUACCUUCCCUGAUGGCACGCGUAUUAUUACUGGUUAUAUAAUAGAGGAACAACCGGUAAUUUGCGAAUGGACGGAAAACGAAUUGCAGCGAUAUUUUGGAGUCACGAAGGAAUAUCGAGCCACCGUCGCAAUGUCUUCCGGCAGUGAAUUCUCGCGUGAAGAUUCGUCGGUGCCGUACGUCGGAUGCCAAGAGAAACCGGCGAGGGUAUCGAUCGCGGACGGUUUUGUCUCGAUCUUGUUGACUUUCCGCAUGGAGCACAAAGGCCACGCUACUGUGUCCUACGAUCAGUCAGCAGUUAGCUGUACUUUAUCGAUGCCCGACAAUUUCCGCGUCAGCAUAUCGAGAAGAGGUCAUUACGAAGUUUUAAUAGGGGACGAAGUUAAUCUGAAGGUAAUCAAAGUCGCGCAUACCGGUACACGUAUUUUCGACGAUGACUUGACGUUCUGGAAGACAUGUGCUACUUGCGGCGGAAGGUCGAUGUCGACUCACAAGUUUCGAGAAUCCUCCGGAGUUGGUUCGCGAACAGUUCUCACAACUGUCGGUAUUCUUGGGAAUGCGCUUGAGGUUAAAAGUGACGGUACCACGCGUUAUUAUCAAAGCGAAGAUCGCCGGUGUGUGCGAAGAGGCCGCGAGUGCACCAACGACACCCUCGAACGCGGCGACGAAAGAAGAAGCGGCGGAGAAGACGACGCCAACUCAGAGGCAAGGAUCCAUUGCAAACACGAACGAUAUUGCGAAACGCUCAAGUUUCCUGCAAGAAGUCAAUACAGAAUUUUCGCGAUGAAUCGUGAUCUGACAGCUUGUGAGUACCUUCAUCGAUCGGUUAGACGCGAGCAAGAGGUGGCAGCCGUCUUUGGCGACGAGAUGAGUAUGAUCCAGUAUCCAAUUUCACGUCGACCGGAACUUCAUCGCUUGAUUACAUUUGUGCCAGUGAAACCGGAAUUGGGAUCAAAGGAAACAUUCUGUCAAUACCGGGUUAGCUAAUCGACGGCAUUACGUUCUUCCGUAAUUAUUAACAAAUUGUUAUUGCGUCAAUUGGACUUCGUAAUCACUCGCGUAAUUUCAUAAAUGUAAAAGAAAAGAUAUAAGAGUAAUUGUAUUUUAUACGUAUACAUAUAAGUAUAUAUUAGCUUCUCGUAAUAAGUCACGAAGGUGGCUUUAAUAUCAAAUUGAAGUUAAUAAGAGCUGGUAAAUAUCCUGCAACAAAACCGUAGGUUACGCCUGACGAACGGACGGAUUACGAUAGAAUUGAAUUACCGCGAAGCACUUA